AUGCUGAGUGAAGCAUCCAGCAGUCACCGAUGUCCAGACCAAUGGAAGAAAAGAGCAGCAAGAAUUAAAUUGAAUGAAACCCAAAAACAGGACAUUAAAGAGGCCUUUGAUUUAUUUGAUGUUGAUGGAUCUGGAACCAUAGAUGUGAAAGAAUUGAAGAUUGCAAUGAGAGCCUUGGGAUUUGAACCGAAGAAAGAUGAAAUUAAAAAAAUGAUAGCUGAAAUUGAUAAAAAGGGAAUUGGCACCAUUGCUUUUGAUGAUUUUUUGGCUAUAAUGACUGUGAAAAUGAGUGAAAAAGAUGAAAAUCAAGAAAUAUUGAAGGCUUUCAAGUUAUUUGAUGAUGAUGAUACAGGAACCAUAACACUAAGCAAUAUUAAGAGAGUUGCUAAGGAACUAGGAGAAAAUUUAACAGAUGAAGAACUUCAGGAAAUGCUUGAUGAGGCUGAUCGUGAUGGUGAUGGAGCAAUAAAUGAGGAAGAAUUUCUGAGAAUUAUGAAAAAGACUUCUCUUUAUUAG